UCUUCGUUCAUCAACCACGAACUACGAGGAAGUUGAGGAAGAGUCAGACAUGGCUUUCGGCAAGGCAGCAAUGGUGGCACUGUUGACCGUGGCGCUGGUGGCGGCGGCCUCGGCGGACCAGGUCGCGACCAGCUUUGACGACCCUGCGUCGUGCUACUGCCCCUGCAUGAAGGAUCAGUGCAUGCGCAUCGACAAAGCCACGAAGGAGGAGUGCGCCAGCGCCUGCGACAAGGGCUGCCGCGAGGCCGGCGCCGGCGGCCAGCCCAACCCUCUCGAGUUCUGCGGCUUCUGAUCGCCAUGAAACCCCUUCCUGCAUGCGUUCGCUCAGGACUCCAAGCAUCACCUCUCUCUCUCUCUCUCUCUCUCUCUCUCUCUCUCUUUGUGCUUCAGUCCUGUGGGAUUAUGCAUAGUGACAUGCCCUUGGCGCAAAGAAUAUACGUAGAGAGAUUGAGAGAUAUAUAUGUUAAUGGAUUGUGAUAACAAAUAGAUAUAUGGUUGUCAAGCUAUUUUUUUGGGCACGAUAGCUCAUCCUGUCAUAGAAUUGAAAUAUGUCAUCCCGUAUUUUAGGAUCGAUGGGCUCAAUUUUGUCCAAAAUAUUAUCAGAAUUAUAAUU